AUGCAGGCUAGAGAUUGUAAGUGCCACCGCUUGGCAAUUAGCCUCAAUGAAACACUGAGCAGUUUAAAUUUUGAAGCAGAUUUUCGAAAGGCUGUUCAGUCGCUAACUGCUGAAGAAUGUGCCAAAGCUGCGAGAUUUCGUUAUAAAGACGAUACGCUUGCCUCAAUAUUAGGACGUCUUUUUCUUCGCCAGGCCACGAGGCGAUUGUCAAAUGUAGAAUGGAACACGAUUGAAUUUGGACGAACAGAAAAAGGAAAGCCGUAUGUGAUGAGUCCAACUAAUGCGAAAUACGGCUUCAAUGUGUCACAUCAGGGAGAUUAUGUAGCAUUCGCGAGUAGUUGUUCGUUGAGGGUUGGUGUAGAUUGCAUGCGGUUAGAUAAAGAAAGAAAUAAUAGAUCGGCUGAUGAUUAUAUCACAUCGAUGGCAAAAUCAGCUGGUCCCGAAGAGUUGAAGAUGAUGAGAACCCAAGCAACUGAUCAAAUGAAAAUGAUUUAUUUCUAUCGGUACUGGUGCUUAAAAGAAGCAGUUCUUAAAGCAACCGGAGAGGGUCUUCUGUCAGAUUUAAGCCGACUGAAUUUUCACAUUGAAGCAGGGGAACGGUAUCGACCAAGAUGUUUCAUCACAUCAACUACUGUAUCAUUGGAUGGCAAACUGCAAGAUGAGUGGAUCUUAGAAGAAACAUUUAUCGAUGAAAUGCACAAUGCUGCAGUCUGUCGUGAGAAGCAGUUGCCAAAUCACUGCCUGUAUAUGAUAAAUCCCGAUACACGAAUAUAUUUUGGUUUUGUCGAUAUCAGUUUCUUACUCGAAGGUGCUUCUAUACUGAAUCCUCUACCGGAGGACGGUGCUGCUGAGUUGGUGAAUUUCAACUCCAAACCGAGAAAGCAUUUUUAA